CAAAGUACGAACAUCUGCUUUGGUACAUAUAUGUGUACGUGUAUGCAUGGAUCUUUGGUACGUGCGCUUGUUCAUUUUGUUGUGAGAGCAUGCAGUUUGCGAUAUAAAAUGGGGAACCGAUCGAAGCGAUACACAUGAUCUGAGGAUAUAGGGUGAACCAGUAUCUGUCAAGAUGUCCGCCACAGAUUCCAGCUUUGCAGACUCCAGCUUUGACCAGAGUAUGCAGGAUGAUGAUUUGCCUCUAUCUGGUCCAACGUCUCGACAGAAUAGUGCCUCCUCUCUGCCUGGGUUGAAUGAUGGAGGACUGCAGCUAACAGAUGACGAUGAUGAUACAUCUGAUGCAUUUCGUAAUUACAAAGACAGACGGCGGAACGCCCACACAGCAGCUGAACAGAAGAGAAGGGAUGCCAUUAAGAAAGGUUAUGAGGAGCUGCAGAUGAUAGUUCCAACAUGUCAACAGGUUGACAGCGUAGGGUCCCAGAAACUCAGCAAAGCCACCAUACUACAGAGAUCGAUUGACUACAUCCAAUACUUGGUGCAGCAGAAGAAGAAACAGGAACAAGAGGUGGAGAAUCUGAGGAAAGAAGUCAUGGCCCUCAAAAUCAUGAAAAGUAAUUAUGAACAGAUUGUCAAAGCUCACCAAAACACACCAGGUCAGGGCCAGAACCAAGUGUCUGACCAGGUCAAGUUUAAUGUGUUCCGUGCCAUCAUGGAUUCCCAGUUCCAGUCUUUUAAUGAAUCCAUCUCAGUAGCCAGUUUUGCAGAGCUCUCAGCGUGUGUGUUCAGCUGGCUAGAAGAAUACUGCAAACCACAGACAUUACGGGAGCUUGUCUUCAAUGUAUUGAGGAAACUUCAUCAAAACCAGGCUUUCUGAUCAGACAGCGGAUCAAAAUCUCAGCCCAGUAUGCGGUUUAGUCCCUGCUUUCUGUAUAAUGACAUUAAUUUAUUGUAAAGUGAGCUUUUUCGACCAUGACAGAAGAUGUUUACACUAAAAAAGGAAAAAUUUGUGAAGAAGUUUUGAUUUUGAAAAGAGGGUAAAGAGCAAACUGACACCUGUAUUCAUUUUGAAAUGCAUCCAGCAACUGGAAACCAUGUGUGGUUGUGUUGUACAGAUCCAAAUGGGUUAUGAAAUGUAACAAUAUGUGAAAUGGUUCACUUUCAUUUUAUGAUUUUGUGCUGCUUUUGGAAAUAGCUUUUAUUGAAUGCUUGAAAUGAAUGACCAUGAGCAGAAACACUGCAUAUUUUUAUGGAAAUGAAAGCAAAAGACAUGAUUGUCACUGUUUCACAGUCCUCCGAGUUGAGUAACGCAUUGGAGCAAAACUUGCUUGUUUUUGGUGUGGUUAUACAUGUACAUAUGUAUUUAGGGUGUGGAUUGUUGGACCGAAUGUCACUUGUAAAAUUCCAAGAUAUUUAGCAAUUGGAAAAGAAUUAUUCCGUAUUUCGACUCAUAUUACAUUAGAAAAAAAGAUUCUAAAUUCCAGAUGUGUUUUUUUUUGUAAACUAAAUGGGUCAAGGAAAAUGGAAUUGAGCAAAUGGGUGUGCCUAUUAAACUAGGUAUUAAAUGUAAUUCAUUCAAAUUUUAUCCUUUUUGGCUAGGCAGAUGACUAAACUUCUUAAUUUAAAGUAAUAUUAACAAAAACCAAUUGGGCCAGUUAGCAUGGAAGUUUUGAAAAAUAAGGCACAGAAAAUGAAACAGAAGAAGAUAUUUCACCCUCAACACUAUUCCCUUGGACAAAUGCCAGUUGGAAAGGGUCAAAACCUCUGAUUCCAGCCAGCUAUAAACAAUGGAUGAUUUUUACAACAAACUUCAAUAACAAAUCCCAACUUGAACAUAAGUCAAAUUGAUUAUUGUCAUGGCAAAAAUGAGGGUAAUAGUAACUUUCAGACUUGGGCAACACUAAUGGUUUCCUGAGGAGUUUGGAUUGGUGAAGUUGCUGGAUAGACAACAAUUUUGUUUCAAAAGGAAUUAUGUAAUGCAGGUUACAGCGAUUUCAUCAUUCAAAAGCUUUCAGUGAGAUCAAUUUGAUGCUAUUAAUUCAGUACACAAGUACCCCAGCAAUGCUUCCAAAGAGAAACAUGGGGGGACCACUGCAUUGCUGAUGAUGCCUGACACUCAUGUGAAGAUGCCAUAGGUUUGUGUGCAUUCAGAAUCAGUUGAAUUAUGCAUACUGACACCCAUAUGAGCACAGACCAGUGUGAAUAGACAGCAUGUCCCUCCCACGAGAGCUCUUUGUGAUUGAUGUCUAAUGUCCAUGCAGAGUCCAUGGUAAUCAAUGCAAAAAGUGCUUAAAAAUCCACAAUGUAGUACUGAUUUGUGUCAGCAUUUGAUAUGGACCCAUUUGUUUUACUUCAGAUCUUGAAAUGAUAAAUCAAUGCGGCAGAAUGUUUGUAGAAGACACACUUCACUUGUUCCAGACAUUAGAUUCCUUUUACAUUGCAUUGUCCUUUGUAUGCGCCUUAACGUAGCACAGCCACAGAAUGCAAACAAUCAUUUAAACAGCCUGGUGCAUUUCAGGUGUUGAGAAAAAAAAAGGGAAAUUAUUAAAUCUUUUAUAUAUACAUUUCAAUGUUUAUAUCCUAACAAAGUUACCUAAAGACCUAAAGAAAGAGAUAUCGGCCUAGUAUGGACAAUUUUCAUUAGUCAUUACUAUUUUGUUCAGUGUAUCCUGAAUACUUGCAAGGUGUUGUGAUCAUAUCAUAUAUUUAGGAACAUUUCCAUGAAUGUCCUGCAGGCAUGCAACUUUUCCUCAGAUCGGCUGAUUUCCUUGUUUUUACUUCCCAUGUGUGCCGUUGAAAAUAGAAAAACACUGUACAAAGUCUUGGAAAGACUUGAAUUUCCCCUUUUUUGUGACUUCCCAGUUGCAUGCCUGGUCCUGGGAAGUUGGAUAUUUUCCAAGUUUAGAGCAUCCCAUCACGACGUGAUUAAGUGUCUGUGUGAUACGCCCAACAGGAAAUAAAAAAGGUACAUGUAUUUGCCGAGUCAUGACCUGGUUGAUGAGUCAGUUGUUUAUUUUUGUGAUGGUGAA